AUGCUUCGCAAUUUCGGUAAGAGAGUUGCAGGAGAUGGCAAUACAGCCGCCUGCUCAGUUGCUUAUCAACUUACUGAGACAUCCUUCAUCUACCCAAUCACACCAGCUACAACAAUGGGUGAAUUAGUUGAUGCAUGGAUCGCUCAAGGCCGUAAGAACAUUUGGGGCAACCAAGUCAACCUUUCAAUGCUUCAGUCCGAAGGUGGUGUUGCUGCUGCUGUUCACGGUGCCACAGUUAUCGGUGCUCUUUGCACAACAUUCACAGCUUCACAAGGUGCUCUUCUUAUGAUCCCAGAAAUGUUCAAGAUCACAGGUGAGAACUGCCCAGCUGUUAUCCACAUCGCUUCUCGUUGCGUCGGUGUUUCUGCCCUUUCCAUCUACAACGAUCACACCGAUGUCUACGCUUGCCGUGUUUCUGGCAUGCCAAUGCUUGCUUCCAACGGUGUCCAGGAAGCUCACGAUAUUGCUGCCGUCGCCCACCUUACAGCAAUCAAGACAGGUCUCCCAUUCAUGCACUUCUUCGAUGGCUUCCGUACAUCUCACGAAAUCAACACAUACGAAGAAAUUCCAAACGAAGCCCUCUGGCCACUUAUCGAUCAGAAGGCUCUUGCCAAAUAUCGCGCUCGCUCCCUCAACCCAGAGCACCCAACACAGCGUGGUACAAUUGGUGGCCCAGAAUACGUAUGGCAGAUCCAGGAGAAGUUCCGCCGCCCAUUCAAACAGCUUCCAUAUGAAGUCGAGAACAUCAUGAAGCAGCUCGGUGACAAGACAGGCCGUUACUACAAGCCAUACCAGUAUGUCGGCCCACGUGACCCAGAGAACCUCAUCGUCAUGCUCGGCUCUGGCUGCGAUUCCGUCGAGGAAUACAUCUGCGCUCACCCAGAAGCCAAGACAGGCCUCAUCAAGGUCCACCUCUUCCGCCCAUUCGGCAUUGAUCUCUUCCUCAAGCAGAUCCCAGCUUCCGUCAAGAAGGUCGCCGUCAUGGACAAGGUUGUCGACCCAACAUCUGCUCGUGAACCACUUUACGAAGAUGUCGCUUCCGCUCUCAUGGGCCGCCGCAACGUCAAGCUCGUUGGUGGCCGCUACGGUAUCUCAUCUCGCGACUUCGCUCCAGUCCACGUCGAGGCCAUCUGCAAGAACCUCAACCAGGACUAUCCAAAAGAUGACUUCACAGUCGGUCUCCACAACCCAGAGACAGCCAUCCCAAUGGGCAAGCCAUUCGACCACCUUCCAGAUGGCACACGCCAGUGCAUCUUCUGGGGCCUUGGCUCUGAUGGUACAGUCGGUGCCAACAAGGAAGCCAUCAAGCUCAUCGUUACAAACACAAAGCUUUAUGGUCAGGCUUACUUCGCAUACGAUGCCCACAAGUCCGGAGGUGUCACAACAUCUCACCUUCGUUUCGGUCCAAAGCCAAUCAACGCUCCAUACUACGUCCAGAGCGCUGACUACAUCGCUUGCCACUGCCCAGCCUACUUGACAAAGUUCGACAUGAUCAAGCCACUCAAGCAGGGCGGUAUCUUCGUCAUCAACUACCCAGCUUCCGCUGACCUCAACAAGGAUCUCCCAGCUUCCGUUCGCAAGUCACUCGCUGAGAAGGAUGCCAAGCUUUACACAAUCGAUGCUACACAAAUCGCCAUCGAUCUUAAGCUUCCAGGUCGUAUCAACAUGCUUAUGCAGACAGUCUUCUUCGGCCUUGCCAACGUUCUUCCAGCUGAAGAGUGCCUCGCCCUCCUCAAGAAGUCCAUCGCCAAGACAUACGCUCGUAAGGGUAAGGAAGUCAUCCAAAAGAACUGGGAAAUGGUCGACGAAGCUCUCAAGGGCCUCAAGGAGUUCAAGUACAACAAGGCUGAAUGGCUCGCCGCCAAGGUUCCACCACCACCAAAGCACGAAGGCAUCCGCCAUCUUUGCGACAUGGCCAUCCUUCAGGAAGGUGAAUCCGUCUCUGUCGAUGAGAUGGUCGACCUCGGCACAGUUCUAAACGGCACAUCCCAAUGGGAGAAGCGUGGUAUCGCUGUCGAUGUUCCAAAGUGGGACGAGAAGAAGUGCAUCCAGUGCAACACCUGCUCCAUGGUCUGCCCACACGCUGUCAUCCGUCCAUUCUUGUUGACAGAUGAAGAGGCUAAGGGCAUGGUCACACUCAAGGCCAAGGGCAAGGAGAUCAAGGACUACAGAUUCCGUAUCCAGAUCUCUCCACUCGACUGCACAGGCUGCGGCACAUGCGUUACAUCCUGCCCAACACAGGCUCUCUCAAUGCAGUACCGCAAUCCAAAGGUUGACGAGGAAGAAGGCAAGAACUGGGUCAAGUGCUUCGGCGCUCCAAACCGUGGACACCUCCUUCCACCAACAAACGUUCGCAACGUUCAGUUCCGCCAGCCACUCCUCGAAUUCAACGGUGCCUGCGCAGGCUGCGGUGAAACAGCUAUCUCCAAGCUCCUUACACAGCUCUACGGUGACCAGCUCUACCUUGCUAACGGUACAGGCUGCUCCCUCGUUUGGUCCGCUACAUUCCCAUGGAACCCAUACACAGUCAACGAGCGUGGCCACGGUCCAGCCUUCGGCAACUCCCUCUUCGAAGAUAACGCUGAAUUCGGUUACGGUAUCUUCAAGGCUGUCGAAGCCCGCCGUAACAUCGCUAAGAAGCUCGUCCAGGACUGCUUAGAGAACAACGAGUUCAAGGGUGAACUUAAGGACAUGAUGCAAGAAUUACUCAAGGUUUGGGAUGAGGAGAAGGCCUCUGCCGAACUCGUCUGGAAGAUCCAGCCACUCCUUGCCAAGGUCCAGAACCCAACAGAGAAGAUGUACGCCCUUCAGACACAGGCUGAUGUCCUCGCCAAGAAGAUCGUUUGGAUCGUCGGUGGUGAUGGCUGGGCUUACGAUAUUGGCUACGGUGGUCUCGAUCACGUUCUUGCUACAGGCGAAAACGUUAAGUUCAUCAUCUUCGAUACAGAAGUUUACUCCAACACUGGUGGCCAGUGCUCUAAGGCUACAUCCCGUGGUGCUGUUGCUAACUUCUCUGCUGCUGGUUACACAAAGGCUAAGAAGGAUCUCGGUGCCAUCGCUAUGACAUACAAGAACAUCUACGUCGCUAACACUUGCUUGCUCGCUGAUCCAGCUCAGGCUCUCAAGGCUGUUUUCGAAGCUAAGGAGUUCAAGGGCCCAGCUCUUAUCGUCAACUACUCUCCUUGCAUCAACCACGGCAUCAAGAAGGGCCUUGGCUCAACACCAAAGCACUGCAAGGAUCUUGUCAAGAUGGGCUACCUCACACUCUACCGCUACAACCCAUCCAAGCCAAAGCCACUCACAAUCGAUUCCAAGGAACCAACAUACAGCCUCGACCCACUCGUCAAGGAUGAAAACAGAUUCGCCGCCCUUAAGGAUAUCUAUCCAAAGGAGGCUGAAAUGAAGUUCCCACAGCUUAUUAAUGAUAUGAAGUCCCGUUAUGAGGGCUACAAGAAGAUCGUCGAUACUCAGUAA